CUUGCUGUACAUAAUUCACACACACAUAACACUCAUUUAAUUAUCAUUCUCAAUGAUCAAUUAUCUAAUCCAUAAUGAACGAAAAAAAGUAGUUGUCAACAAGUACAAGUACAAGCCAUUUCUCUAACAACAAGUACAAGCAUGUCCUGCUGUCCACAAGUACAAGUACAAGCCAUUUCUCUAACAACAAGCAUGUCCUGUUGUCCAUAAGUACAAGCCAUUUCAUUAACAAUUUAACAUGAUACACUUUCAUAGUUACAUUUUCAUGUGCAUCUGAAACCGAAGGCUGCCAUGCCUGCCCACAAAAGAAGGCUCACUAUCCAUUUCAUGAUCAUCUAAAUUAAAACUAUGAAUUAUCCAUCACAAAUUUAAAACAAGUCUGAACUGUGAAGUCACAACUCACAUCAGAUUGAUCAGAGGGGAUGAACAGCGGUGGCUGCUGGCUGUUCAUGGACUGGUCAGCAGAGGAACAGCGGCGGGGGACUAUGGCUGGCGAUGGAGGAACGUCGGCGAAGGACUGUGGCUGGCGGCGAGUCGGGAAUCUGGUCGGGGAGGAGAUGGCGGAGCAGCAGGGGCGCGGGUCAGGGAAGGAGAUGGCGGAGAGCGGCAGCGUCGCUCUCGUGCUCCGCUGGGGCCACCUGGGAGUGGGAAGAAGAGAGAACGAGAUGGACUGAUGGAGGGGGAGAGAUUCGGCCUUCAGGGCAUACGGCAGGGAGGAGUCAAGGCAGGCGGCGGGCAGAGAGCUCGUGUCUUCGCGAUGCAGAGAAGAGAAGGGAAGGGGUUAGGGGUGGCUUCGAUUAGGGUUUGGUCUUAGGAAGUGGUGCAACGUCGUUUUACGAGAAUGAGGGGGUUAGAUGUGUCGGUUAGUCGGUUAACCAAUCAUCUAACCCCGCUACCGAACACCGCCCGCCAACGUUUAUUUCGGUUAGUUGGUUAGCAUGUAACUGUCGUUUAUCGGUUUAACCGGUCGGUUAACCAGCAACCGAACCUCCAACCCUAAUAGAACAUUCUGAGUUUA